AUGCUGCGAGGGAAGAUCUCAAUGAGGGAGGUGGACAAACACAUGACAGAUCUUCAGACUAAACACAGUUCCUCGUUCGUGGAAUGGGUUCCAAGUAACGUUAAGACAGCUUGCUGUAACGUACCUCCUAAGGGUGUUAGUGUAGCGGGCACGUUUAUCGGUAACAACACGUCUAUACACGAGUGCUUUGGAAGGACACUAGACCGGUUCUCUCGGAUGUUCUCGCGGCGAGCUUUUACACACUGGUACACAGGGGAGGGCAUGGAUCUCCAGGAGUUCACUGAGGCGGAGAACAACCUACGAGACUUGUGUACAGAGUACCUGAAGUACCAGGAAUGUGGCAGUGAGGAGUGCAGUGAAGGAGAGGAUGACGAGGUUUACGAGGAUUAG